UGCCCCUGGCGAACUAAGCUACUAACCCUGCUUCCUUUUAGCUUCGUGCUUCCCUUUCCCAUGCGAAGCAGGCUCGGUUGCGUCCCCGGGUUUAGCAUGAAUCCUUUACAUAUGCCACAGUCUCAACCAUCUCGGGCUGCCCGUUGUCACCCACUACGUAUGGAAUACUGGUCAACGGCUGUGAGCCUGGCUGUUAAACUAUGCCUUGCUUGUGGGUGGUUAUACGCAGGACCGGGAAUAUGAUAUCCAGCCAGUGACAAUACAGGCCCGCCUAAACUCCCAUCAGUGAACCAGCUGGUGACGUGUGUGCGCUCAGUCAAUCUCAUCCAUACAAUUCUCUGGCUCGAAUCGAAAAAAGUGGACGACCCUGAUUGGUGUGAACAUAGCGUAGACCGUUGGAUCUGAGUGUAGAAAAGGGGCAAUGGAAAACACAAUAUAGAGAGAUUGGAAAUGCGAAAGGGCUUCAUAAACGCAUGAGUCCAAGCUCUCCCAUUGAACCCACAAGUUGGGUCGAGUUCUGCGAAGUACAAGCGGCAAAACUCACGCUUGGCACGAGAUCAUCCGCGUUCUGGACGAGAACCCUUGAUCUUCCUGCUUCCCUCUGCCAGGAACUGGGGACGAUUUCUUUUGGUGCAUGUACCCCGCAACAAUGUCGCGCAGGGCUGUCGCAGGACUGGCCCUGUCGAAACUUUCUGAUCUGGCCGGGUGUCCCCGUACCAGGUCAUAUAUCAAUGGCUCCAUGUCCUUUGCCAAUUCGAUCAUCUAUAUGCCCAGCUCUUUUGUUGUCAGCCCUUUCCUUUUCAUAUCCACCGUGUCAAAGAUUUGUCCAGUCAGACACCUUCUUGAUAUUCCAGCAUCAUGGAUGGGUCUUUCAAGAUGCCACCCCCUGAGGUGCUUGCUGAGAUGGCCAAAGACGACAUAACGCACAAAGUCAUUGUAUGUGUCGGUGCUUUCACCGCCAUGGGCUUCGUUAGUGUCUGCCUUCGACUUUUCUCUCGAGCAAAGUUUGUUGGCCUUGUUGGUCUGGAAGACUAUCUAAUCAUGCUCUCCAUGAUCUUUUCUGCGUGCACAUCUGCAUGCCUCAUCGGUACUGCAAAAUGGGGAAACGGAAGGCAUAUGCUCAAUCUUCCCCCUCAAAAUGGGAUGUGGAUCUUGAAAUGGCUAUACUUUAGCAUUAUCGCGUACCAUUGCAGUCUGACCACGACCAAGCUUUCCAUUCUUUGGCAAUACAGGCGAAUUUUCACCUACAAGCAGAUGCGGGUAGCCAUAUAUGCUUCCAUGGGUCUUUGCCUUGCCUGCGGAACCAUAGCAGUGGUGUGUGCUACCUUCACCUGCAUUCCCGUCCAGGCAUACUGGCACUUUGAACAAAGACCGUUUGCCCGUUGUGUUAAUCAGGAUAUGAUGUACCAUGCCAACGCAGGCAUGAACAUAGCUACGGAUCUUCUGGUUGCUGUUCUUCCAAUAAAAGCUAUUUGGAUGUUGAAAAUCGCCAUGCGCCAAAAGAUCGCACUGCUGGUCAUUCUCACCCUCGGCUGGUUUGUUGUUGUGAUAUCCGUAAUCCGUCUCUAUAUCCUCAUCGAGGUAGCCAAACAUCCCAUGGAUACAUCCUGGUACGGAGGCCCAGCGGCGAUAUGGUCGGCUCUCGAGAUCAACCUGGCCAUCUUCUGCGCGUCCGCACCAGCGCUACGACCACUUGUGGUUGCCGUGAUCCCAGCUUUCGCAGCGUCACUUGGCGGCAGCAAGCGCACCAACGAGGCAUCUGGCCCCAGCGACUACUCAAACCAGACUGAAGACUCACGCAACAGUCGCCCAUUCAUGAAGCUCAAGGGUCGACGCAGCCAAUCCACCGUAAACGACGACAUUGAUCUUGAGCGGAGCAUUACAGCUUUGCCACAUGCGGAAAGAUACCACGGGGAGAUCCAUGUUACCAAGGACUUUGAGCAGCUGUCAGCUAGAGAGUCGAGGAGACCGAGCGACACAGAUAGCAGCAAGGUUUUGUUUCCUAGGAGUCCCGUUUCGCCGAAAAGAUUUUGA